AUGUCUUCCGAGGAAAUCGCUCGCAAACGACUAAGUGCUAUUCAACAACAACUCAUUCAUUCAACUGGCCCAGCAGACUUGGCACGAGAACGCGCCAAUGCAUCGUUUGAUGUUAAUCAAAUGAAAGCAUUCUUUGCCGGAGGGAAAGAAUUUUCUGAAGCACUGGACGAUGCGUAUAGACUUAUACAACGUGAUCCAGAGCUGUAUUUAGGCGAUGAGUAUAUUUUCGAUGCGUCUAAUGCUGAGCAGCGUGAAGUAACCAUGCGGCAGUUAAGAAGAUAUGUUGAAGUGAAAGAUAUGCUGAAGAGUUCGCUGCGUGUUCGUGCAUUUCACUUGGCUAUGUGUCAAUACUCGGAAUCAUUCAACAUGAGAUCGUAUGUAGCUGACUUUCUUUUUCCUCAAGCUUUGAGAUUAUUUAGCACUUCUGAGCAAUACAACGAAUGGAUCGGCGAUGUGUUAAAAUGGCGCACUAUUGGUUGUUUCGCCAUGACAGAGUUAGGGUAUAGUUCUUUCUUGCGCGGAUUAGAGACAACGGCAACUUUCGACAAGAAGACUGAUGAGUUUAUAAUCAAUUCUCCUAGCCUUUUGUCAACAAAAUGGUGGAUUGGUCUGGCAGGAGAGACAGCAACUCAUGCAAUUGUACUUGCUCAGACGGUUGUUGAUGGGAAAAAAUGUGGGAUAGACUGGUUUAUGGUUCCUUUACGCAAUAGGAAGACAGGCCGUCUGGUUGUAGGUGUAACUGCCGGUAAUAUUGGGGCCAAGUGUGGAAGAAACGGUCUUGAUAACGGUUGGAUACAAUUUACUGGGUUACGUAUACCGCGAACAAACAUGAUGAUGAGAUGGGCGAGCGUCUCACCGGAUGGCAAAUAUCACCCAACUCCCAACCCAGCAUUAUCGUAUGCACCCCUAAUUGGAGAAAGACUGGAAACGAUAAUUGCCACAACUUUAGCGGUUUCCCGGGGAUUGACUAUUGCAUGCAGAUAUGGGUGUGUGAGGAGGCAAGGUGAAAAUAAUGAACAGAUUAUGGACUUUCAAUCCUAUUACGUGCAAUUAAUGCCUGGAAUCGCUGGCCUCUACGUCGCAAAUAUAAUCGAUAGAAUUACGCGCAGAAAAUGGGAUGUACUUGUACAAAAUGUCGAUGACGGUACUAUUUUUCUUAAUAAUGUCUUGGAUAUUCAUGCCAUAUCGGCGGGAUUGAAGGGCGUGUAUGGAUGGUGGGCAGUAGAAAUACUAGAGUUUUGCAGACGAUCGUUGGGAGGUCAUGCAUAUUCGGCGUAUAAUGCUAUUGGAGAAUGUAUAAACGAUUUUGGCCCCAUCACGACUGGUGGUGGAGACAAUUAUGCAUUGAUGGGUCAAACAGCGAAAUAUGUAUUGAAAUCGCUGAAGAUGGCCUCCGACGGCAUCAAACUUGAGGGUUCUGUUGAAUACCUUAAUAACGUGCAAGAGGCUCUCUCCCAAUCAAGUAGUACGAUGAUGUCCGAAAACGAGAUUCUUGACUUUAAAUUCAUAAGGGGGGCGCUUGCGUGGUUAUUAAUUCGAAAGGCAAAGACGAUUGAAACAACCCUAACAGGUGGUGGGGUUGCUGCAUGGAAUGACAAUAUAGUACAUCUUAUCAAACUUGCAGAAAUUCACACUCACCACUAUAUACUAUCGGAAUAUCUGAAUGGACUCGGUGAAUAUGAAUCCACAGAGUAUAAAAAUCUUUUACCAAUUUUAAUUCAAAUGGGUCAAUUGUGGGGAACAUACGUCAUGAAAUCAUUGCUCGAGUUAUUCUUGGAGGAAGGCUAUUUUUCACCUAGCCAGGCCAAGAUGAUUAAGAAGGUGUUUUACGAUCUUUGUCGAAAGACCAGAAAAGAAGCUAUUCCCCUCGUAGAUGCGUGGGCACUUCCUGAUUUCAUACUGAAAGCACCAUUCGGAAGAUACGAUGGAGAUAUCUAUCCAGCCUACCUAAAUCGAGUUCGCAGCGUACCAGAUUGCGUCGGAGUGUCAAGCUAUUGGUCUAAAUACGUUAAACCAUUGACUGAUCCUGAUCCAUGA